CAACUGAUCUGAGAAGCCAAAUCGAUUACAAAUAUAUAUUAUAAUUAAAAGAAGAACUGUUAAAAAAUGCUCUGUUAAACAUCAACCUCAAUGGUGGUGCCUUGUAAACAAAGAAAUUGAAAAAAACAAAAACGAAAAAAAACAGAAAAACAAAGAAAUUGAAAGCAAGGUGCCCUGUAUGCAAAUAAAUUCAAACGGAGAUGUCCUUUUAAACAGAGAAAAUUUCAAGUAAGAACGAAAUUUGGAAGAUAUGCAAUUCUGAUUUCGGGUAAGCAUGAGUGAGCCAGCAAGAGCAAGAGCAAUGGGCAGAGUGUCAGUGUCCUUGUUUCUUGUAAUUUUGUUGUCUUCAAGAUUUUAUGCUGUUCAUGGGUGGGGUUGGUUUUCUUCCUCACAGAUGAGUGAGGAAGGAGGAGGAGAAGAAGAAAGCACUAGUAGUGAUUUUGACAUUGAGGCAGCGGACAAUGCCAAGGGCAAAGAUUUGGUGAGGGAAGCAAAGGAGAGGGUGGUUUUAUCUGGGUCGUGUUGGCAGCAGGCUUAUGAGCACCUGUUUUCUAGCUGCAAAAAGAUAUUGCAGGAGGAGGAGAAGAAAUCGAGAUUAGCAUGGCAUAUGACAGAGUGCUUUCAGAAGGAGUCUGGAAGAGGCCCUCUUCCUUCCUGCUCUUCAAACAGUCUCAUCCUCCCCUGCCUCAAGAAGCUCAACGAUGCACAGCACAAGGUCUACCUUGCUUUCUUCAUUAACACCAACGCAAUGUGCCAUCAUUUGCAAAGUAAUGCAUUCAAGAAAGAUACGGAAAGGGUUGUGAACGAGUUGAAGUCAUCUGCUCAUUGGGUAGUGGACAAACUAGGUAAAAUAGAAGAACAAUCAGAUACUUUGUUAGAGUUUUCUGGUCAAAUCCACAAUUCACUCAUCAAUAUUGAGUCCCAAGCGACGGUGCUGAUGGAGAGAUCAAAAACAGCAGAAGAUAAAAUAACAAAUGUCUUAGAGAAGUCCAAUGCCAUUUUUGAGCAAUCUCAUCACAUAACUAAUACUCAAUCCAAAUUGCAAGAACAACAGUUAAAUAUGCAGAAAACUAUGGAUUCCAGCAUGGCCAAUCUUGAAAAGUCCUACACAAACUUAGGGGAAGGUAUAGGGUUCCUUCAAAAAUUAACACAACAAACUCAAAUGGAAAUAACUCAAGUGACUGGUAGCAUGUCAUCCCAAUUAGAUAACCUUCAAAGUAAAACAGAUGACAUUGGCAAUGUAGUGACCUUGUCAUUAGAUCAACAGAAGCAAUUACUGAGUGGACAAAGUCUUGCAUUACAAGGUCUUGAUACUCUUACUCAACAUCAAGUUGAAGCAUUCAAAGAAAGCAGAGCAUCAUUACAACAACUUUCUGAUGGUGCUCGACGACAACAAAUCGAAUUUAGUUUAUACCAAGAGGAACUCCAGCAAACUCACACACGCCUCGCACAUAGUUCCUCUGCAAUUUUGGCAGCUCAGGAAGCAUUUGAAUCAAAACAAAGCACCAUGUUAAUGACUCUUGAUAAAUUAUUUUCUUUACAAAAUGCUAUCUUACUUGAGUCUCGAGCUGUGAAGACCAUCUUUUUCUAUCUGGUCAUGUUGUGCGUGUUGUAUUUACUAACCAGUGCGAAGCAAAGCAAUGAUGUUAGAGGCACUUUGUACUUAGGACUUUGUACAACAUUUGCCAUUGAAUUCUUCAUACUUCGCAUCAAAGGCAAUGAAUUUUCACAAGAUUGGGUUUCUUCAACAACAUUCUAUGUUAGGACUUCAUUUAUAUCCAUUGCUAUUCUUUAUCUCGCCAUUUCACUUAUCAGAUACAGGGACUAUGAACGACUGAACUACAGAAUGCUGUUAGAAAUACAAGAGAAGAUAAAAAUGCUAGAUCCUUAUCUAGACAAGAAUCGAGACUUGGUAUAUUGUAAGAAAUCUAAGCUAAUGGAAAUUGAUAGAACAACCCAACACCAUUUCAUAGAAAGAGCUCCUAUAUUUCAAAGGAAAAGAUGUAUAGUUGGGGACUUGGAUCACCACUCUUAUGCAUCGUUUCUUAAUGCUCAGUUGGGAGAGGAUGAUAGCUCAGAUGAUCCGGAUUAUGAGCUUCCAUUGAGUGUUACACAAGAAUUUUCUCUCACACCCAAGACAUACAAUUUUCGCCCUCGUUCUCAAAAUUGAUCUCUAUGUCAAGCUAAUCUUGUAUUUUAAAGACCAAAAAUAUUGGAUCAUUGUAUUUUUAGUUCCUGCCAAAAACUAUAGGCAAAGGGACUGUAGUUAACUUGUUAUUAAAUUUUAUUUUUUUUA